CCCUUUUUUAAUUUCCAAUUUCCUCUCUCUCUCUCUCCUAUGGAACCGCCGCCGCCUCCUCUCUCCUCCACAGCGGUGACCUCCACCCUCCCCCCAACAACCACCAUCUCCCCUCCUCCUCCUCCUCCCCCCACAACAACCUCUUACCCCGACUCCCUCGACUCCUCCCCUCGGUCACGCACCACCGACACCUGGGACGAUCCCCACCCCACCUCCGCCGCCUCCGUCUCCUCCAAACUCCGCCUCAUGUGCAGCUACGGCGGCCACAUCCUCCCCCGCCCCCACGAUAAAUCCCUCUGCUACAUGGGCGGCGACACCCGCAUCGUCGUCGCGGACCGUAACUCCUCCCUCUCCUCCCUCCUCACCCGUCUCUCCAACAAACUCCUCGACGGCCGCUCCUUCACGCUCAAGUACCAGCUGCCCAGCGAGGAUCUCGACUCCUUGAUCUCCGUGACGACGGACGAGGAUCUCGAGAAUAUGAUCGAGGAGUACGACCGCACGGUCUCGGCUGCGGCUAAGCCCUCGCGGUUACGGCUGUUUUUGUUCGCGUCGAAGCCGGAGGCUACUCAGAGUAUGGGGCAGAUCUUGGAGAGCUCCGCGAAGAGUGAUGAUUGGUUUCUUAACGCGCUUAAUAGCGCGGGGCUGCUUAAUCGCGGCUUUUCGGAUUCGGAUGCUAAUGUUAAUCGUUUGCUUGGGUUGGAUGAUGGACUUCGCGGUGGGGAGAAUAAUAAUAAUAAUAAUAAUAAUAAUAAUAAUCUUGAUUUGAGUGGUAAAGAUGAUGACGGCUCCGUUAAAAGCGGUAAGCAGCAACAGAUCCAGGAGCCGCCUCAGACGCAGACGCAAGGAGGAGGAGGAGGAGGAGGAGGGCAAGAUGUGCAUAGUAUGCCUGAUUCUCCGAUGCUUGACACGUCGUCUUCGUUUGGUUCGACUUCGUCCUCUCCCUUGCCGGCGAAUCUUCCGCCGAUUCGUGUACACGUGGAGGAAGCGAAGGGGGUGCAGGAUCAGAGGAUGGGGAUCGAGGAGCAGUUUGCGAGGUUUAACGUUGGGAGUAAGCAGCAGCAGCAGCAGGUGAGUCAGCAGGAGGAUGGAUUCGCUGCGAUUUCGUCGCCGCCGCCGCCUUUGCCUGUGACGAUCUCUCUUCCCGCUGCUGCUGCUGCUCCGGCGAAUGUCUCGAAUGAGUUUCAGGCGAGAGUGUUCUCUGAUGAUGAGAGAUCUGAUCAUGGUGUGCCGGCGGGAUACAGGAAGCCUCCGACUCCACGUUCUCAGCCGCAGAAUCUACCGCCUCAGCAGGUUCAUCACGUGAAGUCAAAUAGUGGUGGACAUGAGUUGCCUUCACCUCAUUCUGUUUCCAGUGAUAGCAGCAUGAACAACAACAACAACAACCCUGUGUUUCAACAACAAAGAGCUUCUGUUUAUCAAGAACCAAUGUCUCAGAUGCCUUCUGGUUCCGCUGUUGUUACUGGUAUGAUCAACCCUUCAGAUCCAAACACGCUCUUACCUCAGAAUCAUAUGCAGAAUCAGGACCCGGGAUACAUUCUCCACCCACAGUUCGAGCAACAAUCUCAGCAACAGCCACAGCAGCAGCAACAGCAGCAGCAGUUCAUACACGCUGCUCCACCUCAAUACAUUCAUCACCAUCCCUCUGGUGGCCAUCCCCUCCACACUUACAUCCCAGUCUACACUUCCCCGCAGCAGCAGCAGCAGUCCUUCCACAGGCAUCCUGGUCAACUGGAUCAACAGCCUUAUCCCGCUGUUUACUAUCUCCCUACUCCGGUCCAACCUAGGCCUUACAGUAUGGCUGUGCCACAAUCUGGUAGUGUGAGCGAGGCUCCAGGGUCUGUCCCUUCUAACCAUCCUCAGCCACCUCUUAGCUCCACCAUGAUGGCUCCACCUCCUAACAACCAGUUGAGAAGUGUUCCUGGUGGCAAACCUGAGGCUGGGGUGUAUACAACACCACAAGGUAUUGGGGCUGCUCAGAUGGUUCACCAGAUCCCUACAAGUCAGCAGCAGUUCAUGGGGUAUUCGCAGAUCCAUCACCCGCCUCAGUCUGGUUCAGCUGGGAUUCCCAACUACGGAUAUGAAUACGCGGACAAUGCUCAUAAGCAGAUGUUCUAUACGCAACCUGUGGGACAUGCGCAGUACCAGACAAUGACCGGUCCUCCACCUGCCAUGGUGUUGCCUGAUGGCUCUGCUGCUGCUGCUAAGCUUCCAGCUGAGAACAUGACACAACAGAUCCGGAGUUCACAGCCAUUGUGA